AUGCCGGAGCGCGGAGAGGACGUUCUGUGCUAUCAUUGUAACAAUGUGUUUCCCAAAGAUGAAUUCGGCUUGAUGUGUCCACGAUGUGGCUCUGACUUUACCGAGAUUAUCGAAGGAAGCGCCGAGGAACAACAUCCGACCGAGGAAUACAAUUCUCGUGCUUCAAGCCCACCAUUUCCUUCUUCACUAUCCCCACGGCCGCCUCAAUCUCCUCAGUCUCCCCGGUCAGCGCGAUACGAUGCAGAAAAUCCAUUCUUCAACCAUAAUCCGUGGGCCGAAACCAACGACGAUGAACCACAAAGAUUCGGAAGUCCUCCCAGAGUCAGUCGUCACCAGUAUCGUUCCCCGGAUGGUCGAAUAACGUUUACAAGCACAACUUUUACGACUGGUAUGGGUGGACGUGUUAGAAGUCCACCUUCACCCGAUCCAUAUGGUGGUGAACCGCUGUUACGGACAGUUGGCUCUAUAUUCCAGGAAUUAACAGGCGUUUACAACACACAAAACCGAAAUGGUCCACCUCCGGACCGAGAAGAUCCAUGGGAGACUCCUGGCACAACUCGAGGUGCCAAUUUGCAUGGGGGAUUAUGGCCAAGGGAUACAGACAGCCCGCAACCGCCAACAGUGCCUCUAGCCAGUUUAAACGAUAUUUUUGACUUAUUACGGACGGAUACAGCAGGAGAUGGGUUUGAUCGACCGCGAGGAGGCAUUCAUAUAAUGGGAGCCACAGGGAUGGGCCCCAUGCAUCCUCUUUCCUUACUUGCUACCAUACUUGGUGGAGGACGCAUCGGAGAUGCUGUAUACUCACAAGAAGAGCUUGAUCGCGUCAUAUCGCAGCUUGUGGAUCAGAACAUGAACCAAGGAGCGCCGCCAGCGGCCGAAACUGCGAUUCAAUCUCUACCCAAGAAAGUCGUUGAUCAAGAGAUGCUAGGAGUAGAAGGGAGGGCCGAAUGCUCUAUUUGCAUGGAUCCGGUUGAGCUUGGCAGUGAAGUGACAGAACUUCCUUGCAAGCAUUGGUUUCACGGAGAUUGUAUUGAAAUGUGGCUGAAGCAACAUAACACCUGUCCACAUUGUAGGCGGCCUAUUGAUCAGGGGGAAAACGCUCCCGGGACUAGGAAUAAUCCCGUAGUCAUACCAAGCAGUCCUCCACAAUCUCCUCCACGACGCCGAUCUUCUGCAUUUGGUUAUGAGUCGAACCGCGACUACAGCGGUAGCCCUUAUCGUUCUCAUGGCCAUCGAACUAGUAGUGGUUCCUCAUUCAACAACAAUCAUCGAACUUCGCCGCAUCACACAGCUUCAGCUCCCCCAGAAGAACGACGAGAACAAUCCAGCCAGGACCAGCCCGAAAACCAGUCACAAUCCAGUGGUGGAGGAGUUGCUGGUUGGUUAAGAAGUCAUUUCGGUGGUAGCUGA